AGAUUAUUCGAAUCAAUUAUGGUUAUACUUCAGUUAUAACUAUAUGAACACUCACAUUUCUUACCCGCAAGUAGGCAACGGUCCUCUCUAACCAUCGCCGCCGGAAAAGUACAAGGGAAGCACUCACCGGCCACCGGAUACCGGCGCAGCGCCACCCACACCACCGACAACCUCUCUUCAGAACCGACUUCAAAAAUCUCGAAUUUAGUGUUAAAGACCUUGAGCUAAGUGACAUUAUGACAAGUUAUUUAUGGAAGAAGUAUGCAGAUUAUGUGUACAACAAAUGGGAAAGAACGAUUUUGUGGGAUAUGAUUGAACCUUAUAGACGGCCUAAGACGUUUACUCCUCUUGUCACUCUUUAUGUUGCUGCAUUCUACACUGGGGUUAUUGGAGCAGCAAUUACAGAGCAACUCUAUAAAGAAAAGUACUGGGAGGACCAUCCUGGAGAAACAGUACCUCUGAUGAAACCUAUGUUCUAUGGCGGUCCUUGGAAGGUAUAUAGAGGGGAAGUUCCGGUUUACUCGAGUGACAAGCCCAAGUGAAAUAAGUAUGCUAUGGUGUUGGAAAGUUCAGAUAUGAUUCUCCUUUUAUUAGAGGAAAGCAUUAAAAUGUUCUUUUUCUCCUUGUUCUUUUCCUCUCUUCUUUCCUCUGUUAUAGAAAUUAGUAUGGAGGGUGUCAUGCACCUAGGUGUUUAGGUUGCUGACUUGGUGUAAAUGCAAAUGUGAUACUCGAGCUUGUAUUAGUUAGCUGAACCAAAGGUGACCAAAUUUGAAGUCAGCUUUAAUGACAAAAUGUUCCAUACUUUGACA